CAAAAUCAAAUCCAAUUGCAACAAACGUUUCUAUUGUUUUUUCUUUUUUUUUUUGGGGCAAAGCUAUGGAGCUUCCUGAAGCUGGAAAUGUCAGUAGGAUUUUCCUUUUGAGUUUCUUUCUUGUACUGGUUUUCUCUCACAUUGCGGCCUCUCAAACCAUUGUGGAGAGUCUUCCAGGACUUCCUGGGAAGCUUCCCUUCAAGCUAGAAACUGGAUAUGUUGGAGUAGGAGAGAUGGACGAAGUGCAGUUUUUCUACUACUUCUUUGAGUCUGAGAGAGACCCGCAGUUUGACCCUCUCCUGCUCUGGCUUACAGGAGGACCUGGUUGUUCUGGCUUUUCUGCCAUUGCUUUUGAAAUUGGUCCAGUUGGCAUUAAUACUACAAGUUUUAAUGGAGGUUUACCAAGUCUUACGCUGAACCCAUAUUCAUGGACAAAGGUGGCCAGCAUAAUAUUCAUAGAUGCACCAGUCGGAACUGGAUUUUCAUAUUCAACUACUGUUGAAGGUGCCAAUAGUUCUGACACUAUAAAUGCUGCCCAGAUAUACACUUUCUUAAGAAAGUGGAUGUAUCAGCAUCCCCAAUUCAUUGGACAUGAAACCUACAUUGGUGGUGAUUCAUAUUCUGGCAUAACCAUUCCGAUUGUGGUGACAAAUAUACUCGAAGGUCUUGAAGCUGGCCUGAAUCCGCAUAUUGAUCUCCAGGGAUACAUAAUCGGAAAUCCGGUUACAGAUAAUUACAUUGAUGUGAAUGAAAGGAUACCAUACCUUCACAGAGUGUCAAUUAUAUCGGAUGCCUACUAUGAGGCAGCGAAAUUGCAGUGUCACGGUGACUAUGUCAACAUAGAUUAUAACAAUACAUUAUGUGUCACAGCAAUGCAAAAUAUUAAGGAGUGUUAUCUGCAAAUAAAGCUCACACAAAUCCUGGAACCUCAAUGUGCUUUCACAAAACCGAAGGAACCACAAUGGGAUGUGAGAUCUCAGGAAGCAAACACCCAGGACUACCUCGACGCAAACAAGCUUCCUGAAUUGAAGUGCAGGGAAUUCGGGUAUGCACUCUCCUAUAAAUAUAUGAAUGAUAAAUCCGUCCAGAAAGCUCUUAAUGUAAGAGAGGGAACUGUAAAAAAUUGGGCCAGGUGCCUGAAAGUCUUCCCAACCUACACAGAAAACAUUAAUAGCACUGUUGACUAUCACAAAAAUCUUUCAAACACUGGUAUGCGAGCUCUCAUCUACAGUGGAGAUCAUGACAUUUCUGUUCCAUACUUGGCUACACUAACAUGGAUUAGGCUUCUUGAUGUUCCGAUUUUUGAUGAAUGGCGACCUUGGUAUGUCGAUGGCCAAGUCGCAGGGUACCAAACAAAGUACAUGAAUGAUUACUACCGGUUGACAUAUGUGACUCUAAAAGGUGCAGGUCAUACGGCUCCAGAGUUCAAGCCAAAACAAGCUCUGGCAAUGGUUGACAGGUUUUUCGCUCGUUAUCCUAUUUAAUUCAUGAUGGCGACUCGGAAUUCCAUCGGCGACAGAAAUUCAAGUUUGCAGAGCGUAUUCAGAAUAAGUUCUUGUAUUUUAUUAAUGUAAUCAGGGAUUUCUGUAAAAUGUGAACUCUUAUUAAUUUUCUAAGAUGAAAAAUUAGAUUCAGUACAAGUCUGUGCUUGUUAAAGCAUAAUCUAAAUUUGGCCUUCACA